AUGGAUAUAGCUACACGAAAGAGGGUGAUGUCGAUGUCGGCUAGUUUUGAGCCUCAUGCGCCACCGCCGAAAAUUCAAGCUACUAUUCCAGAUCCAACUUCGAAUUUCGCAGAUAUCUUAAUUGUUCAUGUUCUAAACGCCUUGAAUGUAACGGACCCUAUCCAACGUCUUCCAUUUAUUGAGGAUCUCAUGUCCAGAUUGCAAUGGUUGAAGCAAUACCAUCAAAAGCAAGAGGCACUCAUCAAAAAACCGAUUCCAUCUGAAAACGGCUCACCAUCACGUCAUCCAGAGCAAAAAUCAUUGGACCAUCAAGAUAUGAAGAAAUGCAUUCAGAAGGAUCAGGAAAUGCUUCAAAGCAUGUCUAAACUCAUAGGAAUUUCUGCACAAACAGUUCCACCAAUAGGAAUGAUGCAGCCGCCACCAGGAAUAAAAAUUGUUGCUCCAGAAGCACCCAAAAUUCCAGAACCCAAGAAGUCGCCAUCGCUCCCUCAAUCAUCUCUACCACCACCACCUCCAGCAUUGCCAGCGAUUAAUAGUAUCCCACCUGCUCUACAGAAGUCGAUUCUAAAGAAGAAAAAAGACAAUUCUUCUCCACCUCCACUACCCUCUCUUCCAUUGCCAUUUCCAUUCAAUCCAGUGCCCCAAAUGACUCAGAACGCCGCUGAAGAAAUGAUGCUGAAUCUUCAGGAGCAGCAACGGAAGCUUCUUACUUACAUUUCAGCAGCACAUGGAGGAUCAGUAACUGAUGAAGUACUUCAUGAGUAUCUUCGCCAUCCAUAUGUCUUGUUGAGAGAAAAUGGGGUAACUAGGAAGCAACAAAAUCCAUUCUUUCAUUUGAUGAAUCAGAAUGGAGCCAACAUGAAAAUGAUCCCUCCUGCACCAUCAGUGAUUCUGAAGCCAAAUGAGAAGUCAACGACACCAAUCCCAGCCCCUCCACUGUUGGUACCACAGGUGGAGCUGGCGGCAAAGAAAGAGUCCACCCCACCAACGGAGAAAUCUUCCUCUCCACCUCAACUCCCGCCUCAACUACCACUUCAAAUUCCACUAAUGCAACAACCCAAUUUCGAUUCAAGCAAGCCUUUUGAACCGCCAGCCACACGAGUAUGUAAUCAAUGGUCCGUAGUGUCUAUGGCCCUUCCAUUGACACUAAUGUGCAGAUGCUAUCAGACACCUUGCAGGUGUCAAGGAAUGACGGCAUGA